GCGCCCGCUGCAGAACCGUGGGCGGAGACGGAAGCCGCGGGGCCCCGGGCGCUGUGGCCGCUGCUGUAGCGGGGGGCGGCUCGGGGGACCAUGGUGCAGCUUUACAACCUGCACCCGUUCGGGUCGCAGCGAGUAGUGCCCUGCGGGCAGGAGCCGGCGCACUUCUGCUGCGGGCCCGACGUGCUGUUCGUGGCCGGUGCGGCGGCCAGUUGCAGGGUGGAGGUGUUCGCCGUGCGCCACGAGGGCCGCUGCGAACCCCUAGGCUCCUUCGCCACGCUGGGAUCCGUGCUGCACAUGGCGCACAGCCGAGCAGGAGACUAUUUGUUGACAAUUGAAGAGAAAAGCAAAGCAACUUUCCUAAGAGCGUAUAUGAACUGGAGAUGCAUGUCUGCAGGGAGUUCUCGUGUUUGUGUCCGGAUGGUUGGUCACAAGAUGGAAGAGUCAUACAGUGAAACCUUAAAAGAACAUAUGUCAAUUGUGGAAAUGCCACUUUCAGAUCCUCCGCUGUGCGUUUCAUGUUGUCCUGUAAAUGGAGAUAUUCUUGUGGGCUGCAAAAAUAAACUAGUCAUGUUCUGUUUGAAAUACCUGGUCAUAAACCAGAAUUUGACUGUAUUAGACUUUGAACGCACCUUAAUUUUACACAUUGAUGACUUCAUUCCUACUGAAGUUGCAUUCUGUGCCAGACAUAUAGCCAUAACAACAGAAUUGGAUGUUCUGAUCCUGAAACUGGAACUGAUCCGAAGUGCAGACAGUACAGAGCAACAUGCACAUCGAGUUAGUACACUAGAAGAGCCUGGAAAUGGAAGUGUAAAAGGUGAAGACCUUUCAACACAUACUUUGCAGCUUGAAUUAGAUGAGUUCAUCAUAUGUCAGAAACCAGUGGAACUGCUUGGGGAAGAAAGUAAGCUAUGUGAGAUACCCAUCACGCUGGAAUCCACAGAGUUAGCUACAGAAGACACAAAGCACUUUCAAGUGCGGUAUCUCCUUUUCAGGCAUUUUGCACCUGACCAGUCGCCUUUUGGGUUUUGUGAAGAGAUGAAGUUGCACUCUGUUCAACUGCUUCCUAUAUACCAGACAGGAAGUUCUGUGACAGCCCAUGAGGAAACUGAGACCAAGAGAGAACUACUCAGUCUCUUUUGCUUUUUCUCUUUGCCUCAUGUUGGAUAUCUCUACUCUGUUGGGAAGUUAGUAGAACUGAUUUCUACUUACCAGUAUUCAGAGAAGUCAGAGCAGGCAGUUCUCACUCCACAAUUCCUGCACGUCAUUACAAGUGAGAACCUGCAGUGUUUCACAGUGCGGUGCAGUGCAGCAGCAGCUCGUGAUGAGGAUCCAUACAUUGAUACGACUGCAAAGGCUUGUCCACCUGUUGCUCUGGAUGUCUGCACAUUACGAAUGCAGCUUUUUAUAGGACCAAGAGCUAUCUGUCAUUUCAAAAACCAUAUAAUUCUUCUGACUAAGGCUAACACAGAAGAUAUUACUGAAAGACGAAAGCCUACAAGAAGGAUGCUUUCCAGAAAGGCUAAUAGCAUCAAAUCCAGAACAAAUUCCGAGUCAGCGCCUGGUUGGAAUUUAUAUAUUAUAAACACUGUUUCAACAAUCCAGCUGUACAGAGAAAUGGUAGAUUAUAGUAGAACUUACGAAAAUGCGAAAACUGAGAGUUGCAUCCACCUUCUAAGUGAGGCUCACUUACUAGUCAGAGCAGCUAUAAUGGACCCUGGUUUCCUUAAAUCAGAUGAUAAAGAAGAACUUCUAAGAGCGUUCAGAGAAAGUUGUGCCUUUUUAGGAGACUGCUACAGCAGGUUUGACACAAAGGAUUACCACCUUGCUUUGCCAUACUAUAGAAUGGCGGGUUUAUCCAUGACUGAAGUUUUAGAGCGACUAGUUUCAGAAGGUGAUGAAAUACAGACAUAUGAAAGAGGUUUUAUAUUUUAUUUAACUCACUCUCUUAAUGAAGACAUAAAUGAAGAAUUAAGCAAGGAAUCAGCAAAUCAGGUUCUCCAGAUAUUCAAUGUUGCUGAUCCCAUGCAGCUGCCUCAUAUCCUCUGCAGUCCCUGCAUGAGAAAUGUAUGUCCUUUGACAGCUGUGAAGUAUCUUCAUAAAGUAGAAAACAAUAUGCCGUCGGUGGUCCUCACACUUACUAAGGCUUUCAUGGCUCUGAAAAUGGGAGACCUGAUGAUGUAUGAGCAUGAGAUGAGCUCCCAUAAGGAGACAGUACUGGCCUCUGGCUUCACUGAGCAACCAAAACUCCUGAGACAGUAUAAAGAAGGAAUCGUUAUUCCAACUGAAUUUGCUGUUCACCUGAAGGAGAUGCAGCCUGGAUUAUUGGUGGCUGCCACUGUGGCUUUGCAUGAGAACAGUAAAAUUGAACUGGAAGAAGCAGAUGUGUUUUUCAAGAUAUUGUGUAAUAACAGUGAAAACGCUGUUCCUCAGCUCUUGGUAGAUUUCUGGGAAGCUCUCCUUGUAGUAUGCUCUCAGGAAGAUGUACUUCAGGAGCUCUUACUGAGGGUUACUUCUCAGUAUGUUUGGAGAAUAUCAAAGAAGCAACUUCCUGAGACUAAGCCAUUGAAAACAACAGAGGAUCUGAUAAACUCCUGUAAUCGUUUUGGGUUCAUUUUCCCAUGGGUUACUUUCAUAAUGUCAAUGGGAUCUCCACCCGAUAAAGAUUACCCUGAAGAUAUUUCAAGGCUACAGUCUCUCUUAUGUAGUCAGUCGAUCAAUAUAACUGCAGCUCUGCCUAUCUUGGAACCUCUGAUAGAGGCUGGCAAUGUCGGCCUCACCAUCCAUGUUCUCUGCAGUACCCAUCUGGGCAAGUAUGAGGAUUCCAUUGACCAGCUUCUCAAAAGGUGUCCUGCUGCAGCUGUGUUAUAUGCUCAGCACGAACUGAAGGAUGAUAGUCGGGCUGUAUGGUGGAACAAACUGCUUCCAGAACUUUGCAAGAGAACCCGACUUACUGAAAAUGACUAUCCUGUUCUUAUUUCAUCACUAAAAGAAACUUUAUCAGUUGUUGCAAUGGAAUUGGAACUAAGGGAUUUCCUUAGUCUUCUACCAGAGGAUGGAACUGCAGCAUUUUUCCUGCCACAUCUUCUUCACUGCAGCCGGAGGAAACUCCUGACCUAGACGCAAUGAAUGUCUACUAUUCAUUCAAAUACCAUGAAUGUGCUGGAAUAAAAAAAAUAAAUUUAAAAAGAGAAAUACAUAAAAACCACUAUGAGUCCCCCUACACAUACAUCACCUUAUUUCUGAGCUAAAACCUUAUGACAAUUAUUGAAUGACAACUUAUUUGAGGCAGAGCAUCUCCUUUGAAGCUAACACUAUUGCACUUUGUCAGUGAACCAGAAGAACUGAGUAAUUGUUUGCCAGGUUAAAAACAUAGCUAUUAAACUAGUAGGCGUAGGGGUCACUCAUCCUGUAAAUAAGGCUGAAUUUAUGGCCAAAGCAGCUGAAAAAUACAGACUGUGCAGUACAAUUGUACAUACAAUAGUCACUGAAAGUAAAACAGGGAGUUAGUUUUAACUGUAUGCUAGCUACUUGGAUCACUGACCUAGAGAGGAAUUUACGCUUAGUCAUGUAUUUAAUUGUGUAAGUAAAAGUAAGUACCUUACUCUUGUAAGUGGAAUUGGAUUUUGCAAAAUAGACAUUGCCUUGAAUUCCAUCUGGAAAAUCCAGUCAGCUGCUCUGUCAUCUUAUAUACAUACCCCUGUAAGUGUUACAGUGAAACUGUUUUCAUUUAGCAAUUUACAGGAAAAGGCUGUAAAUUAAAGAUACAAAAAUGUUCUUAGGGGGAACGGAAGAUACAUACUACUGCUUGCUUGCAGUUUUUGUAUGCUUUCUUCUGUUGUACUUGAAUAGUACUUGCACUGUACUGAUAUUUGAAGUAUCACUAGGUCACAAAUCUAGCUGAAAUAUGUUUCUUCCAGGUCUUCUGGUAAGUGUCUCGUAUGUACUGGUAUUUGUCUUCCUUUUGGGCAGAUGGCAUCCUUCUGCUCUUUCAGCUCGAAUUUAGUCAUAAUAAACUAUCACAAUGUUUAUGACUGUCUUAUAAAUAAUGUUCUUUGAGAAUCUACUACAAAUAAAACAAUGAUUCUCUGAUCCUGUAAACAGCUAAAGACCUAACUAGUUGACAUAGUCUCUCAACUCCAAUUUCACUAAACCUGUAACGUUACUUAAACUGGUAAAGGGCAAUUAGAAGAGAUCGUCUACAUUCUAAAUAAAAACAUCCAAGACAAAACAAAACAGAGUAGUUUUAAUUUCUUUAUGUGGCAGGUCUGAUACAGCCAAAAUCAAUGAUCUAAUUUACUAGUACGGAGUCGUCUGAUUUCAACAGAAUCUUCCUCUUUUUCAAAAAAAAGCCAAAGCAAUUUAGACUUGGUACAGAGAAGAAAUGUCCUUUACACUGGUAAGCUGUAAAGCCAGCUAUUUUGCUUUGCCUGUCUGUAUAAUACAUUCUUCCCUGUUAUAUAUUACAAGUGAGAGAUCAGAUGAGCCAAAGGGAGAGCUAUGCUCUAACUUGGGCAGUCAGGUUAUUAAAACACAACUGGAUGGUACAAAGAUACCUGCUCUAGCUGCUUACAUUUUUGACCAAGAAUCAGUCAAGCAGUAGUACUGUUGCUUCUAGCUGUCAAGAAGUGCUUAAUUUGUCUAGCUAUGCACUACAACAAUAGAAGCAAAAUGUAGCUAUUCAGGAUUUGGGGCAAAGCUCUUACGUAUACUAGUCACCAUAUUUUACCCUUCACUGUCUUAAUUUUAUCAGGCUUAUGUCAGCAUAACUUUGUCUCUUUUGUAAUUAUUUUCAUAACAUAAAACCACAAACAGUUAUGAACUGGUGCAACUGUGAUAAGUCAGACGUUGCAUCUUUUAAAUUCACUAUCUUGAAAUAAAAUUAUAAAAUAAUUCAAGAACCUAUGGAUAAAGUGAAUAAUUGGAUAAUUGAAUUCCAAGUUUCCAUGGAAUAGCUACUGAGAUGUCUGACUAGUAAAAUGUGACAUCAAAGCUAGGAAAAAUACCUAAAAUGAAUUUUGCUGUUACACGGUUAUUUACUAAUUAAAAAAUAAUAAAACAUAACUUGGAAAGUA